CUGAUUAGCGCAUCCCUGGAGGACUGUCUUCUCUCACUCACGCAUCUUGUCCUCUGCCGUGUCAUUUCCAUCAUGAUGACGAUGAUGCCCGGUCUCGUGGCCAUGUACCCGAGCUUGGUGCAUCAUCCCGCGGGCGCGUUUCAUUCCCCUACGCCGCCAACUUUCCAUGCGCACUCGGGGUUUCGGGCUCGCUCCGGCUUUCUGGUGGAGGAUUUGUUGCGCAUCAGCUCUUCUUCUUCUCCUUCUUCUUCUUCUUCAUCCCCUCUUUCCUCCACGAUCACUCCAUCCGAGCCUCCCGUAGAAGGAUUUUCUUCGCCAAAGACUCCGGGCAAAGACCAGACCCACCUUAAAUUCGGUGUUAAUGCCAUCCUGGCACACACCCCCAAUAAACACUCAGUGGCUCGUCCUGUUCCUGAAGUUCACUCUAAAGCUCUUACAGUUCCUUAUUUCGAUGGAUCUUUCUAUCCUUUCCUUCGCUCGUCCUACUUCCCUGGCUCCUCCUCGGUGGUCCCGGUUCCUGGGACGUUCUCAUGGCCACUGGCCUCCAGGGGAAAGCCGAGGAGAGGGAUGCUGCGCAGGGCCGUGUUUUCUGACGUGCAGCGUAAAGCACUGGAGAAAAUGUUCCAAAAGCAGAAGUACAUCAGCAAACCGGAUCGGAAAAAACUGGCCACCAAACUGGCCCUUAAAGAUUCUCAGGUAAAGAUCUGGUUUCAGAAUCGGCGGAUGAAGUGGAGGAACUCCAAGGAGCGUGAGCUUCUGUCGUCUGGAGGCUGCAGGGAGCAGACACUGCCCACGCGGACCAACCCUCAUCCAGACCUGAGUGACGUGAGGGAUAAAUCGUUAGGCCACGAGGAGGGGGACGAGGAGGACGGAGUGAGGAGCGAACACACGACAAACUCGUACCAUUCGCCCAAGUCUGAGUGCUCACAUUUUACCAUGUCGUCGCCUUCAUGCAAACACUCAGACUCUUCUGACUCUGAGGAUGAGAUCAUGGUUUCAUAAGUGUGUGUGUGUGUGUGUGUGUGUGUGUGUGUGUGUGUGUGUGUGUGUGUGUGUGUGUGUGUGUGUGUGUGUGUGUGUGUGCGUGAUCUUAGUAAUCAGCACACGCGUGGCUCUUGCUGUGUUGCACAGCGAUUUUGGAACUGUACAGUAUUUUGUACAAAUAUUUUUGUAUGGAUAUUUUAUACCAAGAAUGUUGAUUUACUUACAUUUAUAUUUCACAUAGAUAUUUUUAUUAAAGCCUGUAGACUUGUGUAUAAUUUAUACAAACGCACGUAUGUCUCGGUGUACGCAUAUUUGUUUAUGUUUUUGUUAAAAUAAAAAAAUAAAAAACUCAACAAAUUGUAACGUUCAGCUGAGAAUGAAUUGUGAGUACUGUUAAAUUAUUAAAUGAAAUAGAUCCGAAUGACUGAAUAAACCACUUCUCCUGGAGAAACAUGAGUGUGUAUGUACCCGUGUCUGUGGGGU